UAACGACUGUGUUCAACCGAACUGCUACCAAGAAGGCCGGAGGUACCUCUAAGAAUGGCCGCAAAACUGCCGGAAAGCGAUUGGGUGUCAAGAAGUUUGAAGGCGAGGAAGUAGUCUGCGGUAAUAUUAUUAUCCGACAAAGGGGACAGAAGAUACACCCUGGGGAAAAUGUAUGUAUCUUUCAAAUAGUGCCCAACGGCGGCAGGUUCUAA